AUGAGGCGAACCAACAGCCAUGAAGCUCGCGACGGAGAGAUCGAGUCUAGACCCAGCUUUGAGCACACAGGUCCUCGAUUUCAGAGCAAUGACUUGCCUUUCGCCGGACGACUCGGUGCCAAUCAGGCAUACGUGAUCGAUGGUGCAACAAGUGAAGAUGAGAAGUUACUCGAGCACCAACCUGAUGCUACACCACAUAUGUCAUUUAGGGAAUUGAUCGACCUCCGUCCUAUCACCAAUAUCGAUUUAUGGAAGGCAGCACUAAUAGAAGGAAUUGGUAACUUUUUCAUGUCACUUCAGUUAACAAUAGGCUAA